AUGGCACCAACUACUACCCCCCAAAACUUCACCCAGGCGUCUGCAGAGGCUUCCCUGCUUUGGCAACGCCACUUUGAGAAGCUCGAUGCCUCGUCGUUCCCCGUGCUGCCGUCUCACCUGAAGAGACCUCAUGCCGCUGCCGAAGCCGAAUAUAGCAUCGAUUUCCCGGCGGCGGCCGCGGCUCAGCAAGGCCUUGACUCCAUCACCGUCGUGUGCCGGGCCGCCCUCGCCGUGCUCCUCGCCCGCUACACCCAUGCAUCUGAGGUCUUGUUCGGCAUUGCGGCCGAGGGUCAUUCCGGUCCGACCCAGAACGUGUUGCCUACCCGUGUCUUUUGCGACCCUCACCAGAGUGUUUCCUCUCUCCUCCAAGCCGUCUCGGCUCACGAUGCCGCCGUUCGCGGGCUCAAGCAUGCCGGUCUAAACCUGGACAGCGUCCGCCACGCCGGAGACUUUGGCGCCGCCGCGUGUGAUUUCCAGACCGUGCUGGCCGUCACCUCCUCCAGCAGCAUCCCCACCACCACCACCACCACCACCACCACCACCAACAACAACACCUUCACGCCACCCUCCCUCGACCGCGCCCUCUUCAUCAACUGCCGCGUGGCCAAGGGCUCGGCGUCGAUUCUCGCCAGGUACGACGAGAGCGUUCUCGACGCCCGCCAGGCCGACCGUUUCCUGCGCCAGCUCGGCCUCCUAAUCAAGUUGUUCCAAGCCACUACUACCGUGAACCAGCUACCCCUUGGCGAGCUUGACGUCCUCACGGCCGAGGACCGAACCGAGAUCCAGGGGUGGAACGCGGCGCCGCUGGUGCGCCACGACGUCUGCCUCCACGACGUUGUCGCCCGCCGCGCCGCUGAGGCCCCGGACAGCCCGGCUGUGUACGCCUGGGACGGCGAGUGGACGCACGCCGAGCUGGACCGCGUCUCGUCUCGCCUCGCGGUCCACAUCCAGUCCCUGAAGCUGGACGCCGGCCACGCCGUGCCACUCUGCUUCGAGAAGUCCAAGUGGAUGGUCGCCGGCGUGCUCGCCGUGCUCAAGGCCGGCCACGCCUUCGCCCUCGUUGACCCGGCGCACCCGGCCGCCCGUGUCGCCCAGAUAUGCCGGCAGACCUCGGCCACUUUUGCCCUCGCGUCCCGUCUCCACGCCGGUACCUUCACCGGCCUCGUUUCCCGUACCAUCGUGCUCGAGGACUCCCUGCUUGAAUCUCUCUCCGCGGCGACGGCAGCAGCACGCUUCUCACCCGUCGCGAAGCCUCACGACCUGGCCUACAUCAUCUUCACCUCCGGCAGCACGGGCGAGCCCAAGGGCGCCAUGCUCGAGCACCGCGCCUUCGCCUCCUGCGCCCUCGAGUUCAGCCCGGGGCUCGGCAUCGACAGGGACACACGCUCGCUGCAGUUCUCCUCGUACGCCUUCGGCUCCAGUCUCGCGGAGACCAUGUGCACCCUCAUGCAGGGAGGCUGCGUCUGCAUCCCCUCGGACCACGACCGUAUGAACGACGUCGCCGGCUUCAUCCGCCGCGCUCGCGUCAACUGGUCGACCCUGACCCCGUCCUUCGUGGCGACCAUCCCGCCCGAGAGCCUCUCCGGGCUCAAGACGCUGCUUUCCGGCGGCGAAUCUUUCUCGGCGUACCAGCGGGACGCCUUCGCCGGCCGCAUCCGCGUCAUCAACGCCUACGGCCAGAGCGAGAGCUCGACCAUGGCCGGCGCCGCGCGCGUGUACGCCGACACCACCGACCUGCAGAACAUCGGCCGCGCCCUGGGUGCCCGGUACUGGGUCACGGACCCGGAGGACCCGGGCCGGCUCGCCCCGAUCGGCGCCGUCGGCGAGCUGCUGAUCGAGAGCGCCGGCAUUGCCCGGGGCUACGUCGUCCCGCCUCCGCCGGAGCAGUCUCCCUUCCUCGACGCCGCGCCGGCGUGGUACCCGGCCGAAUGGCGGCAGACGCAGCGGGCCAACGGAUACCGGUUCUACCGGACCGGAGACCUCGUCUGCUACAGACCGGACGGCACCGUCGCGUACCUCGGCCGCCGGGACUCGCAGGUCAAGAUCCGCGGCCAGCGUGUGGAGCUCGGGGACGUCGAGAGCCAUCUGCGCAAGGCUCUCCCGGGUCAUCUGACGCCCGUGGCCGAGGCCGUGAAGCGGUCCCGUGAGGCGAGCAGCGCGUCCCUCGUCGCGUUCCUCUUCGGUCCGUUCCAACCGCACGAGGCCAAAUACGACGGACAGGAGGCUUUCAUCCUGGACAGUGGUACCUCUCAGCGUCUGAGGGCGCCUCUGCAGAAGGCCCUCCCUGACUACGCCGUCCCCUCGUAUUUCGUCCGCAUGCGGCAGCGUCCGACCAUCGUCACGGGCAAGACGGAUCGGAAGGGUCUCCGUGCCAUCGCCGCAAAGCUCAUCGAGGACCUCAUCCAGAGCGCCAUUUCCUCGCAUUCGGACGGUGCCUCCUCCUCCUCUUCUGUCGAUGGUGUUGAGCCAAAGACUGCUGAGGACCGGCUGCGGCAGAUGUGGUUCCGCAGCUUGCAGCUCCCGGCCUCCUCCAAUAGCCAAGGAGCCAACUUCUUCGAGCUCGGCGGCGACUCUAUCGUGGCCAUCAAGCUCGUUAACAUGGCCCGGUCCGUCGGCAUCGAGCUGACCGUCACCGACAUCUUCCAGAACCCGACGCUGAAGGAUCUGCUCACGACGAUCCGCCAGGAUACGUCCCAGGACGGGUCCGUUAUCACGGCAACGCCGUACACGGGGCCCGUGGAGCUCUCGUACGCCCAGGGCCGCCUCUGGUUCCUGGACCAACUCAACCAGGGCUCUUCGUGGUACCUCGUCCCCUUUGCGGAGCGUCUCCGCGGCCCCCUCCAGAUCGAGGCUCUCACAGCCGCCUUGCACGCGCUGAAGCAGCGCCACGAGACGCUCCGGACCACCUUUGAGGAGCACGACGGUGUGGGCAUGCAGGUCGUGCACGAGAGCCACGUCCGGGAGCUCCGCGUCAUCGACGUAUCCUCCGUCUCCGAGAGCUACGAGGAGAUCCUCCGCCAGGAACAGACGACGCCCUUCGACUUGGCCACCGAGCCCGGCUGGCGCGUUGCCCUGCUCAGACUCGGAGACGAGGACCACGUCCUCUCCAUCGUCUUCCACCACAUCAUCUCGGACGGCUGGACCAUUGACCUCAUGCGUAAGGAACUCGGCAUCUUCUAUUCCGCCGCCCGCCGCAGCGAGGACCCCCUGGCCCAGCUGGCCCCCUUGCCCAUCCAGUAUCGCGACUUCGCCCUCUGGCAGAAGCAGGAGGCGCAGGUGGCCGAGCACCAGAGGCAGCUGGACUACUGGACGACCCAGCUCAAAGAUAACUCCCCGGCCGAGCUCUUGUGCGAUAAGCCGCGGCCCGCGAUGCUCUCCGGAGACGCCGGGGAGAUCCACUUUGAAGUGUCCGGCCGCCUAUUCUCCCGUCUGCAGGCCUUCUGCCGCAACCAGCAGGUGACCCCGUUCGCCGUGCUCUUCGCGGCCUUCCGCGCGACGCACUUUCGUCUCACGGGCGCUGAGGACGCGACGAUCGCCGCACCCGUGGCCGGCCGGAGCCGCUCCGAGAUCGAGAGCCUGCUCGGGUUCUUCGUCAACAUGCAGUGCCUCCGGACGGUCGUCGAGGCGGACCAGACGUUCGGCCGGCUGGUGCAGCAGGUGAGGGCGACGUCGACGGCGGCCUGGGAGCACCAGGACGUGCCGUUCGAGCGCAUUGUCUCGGCGUUGCUGCCUGGGUCCCGCGAUCCCUCGAGGAAUCCUCUCGCCCAGCUUGUCUUUGCGCUGCAUUCCCAGCAAGACUUCGGCCGCAUCCGGCUGGAGGAUGUCCAGGGCGAGUCUUUGCCCACGGUAACGACGACACGCUUCGACCUGGAGUUCCAUCUGUACAGGGAACAGGACCGGUUCAGGGGCCACGUCCCUUUUGCGUCGGACCUGUUCGAGAAGGCCACCAUCAGCGGUGUUGUCGACAUCUUCCUCGAAGUCCUGCGCCGCGGCCUCGACGACCCGGAUACGCGUAUUGCGACUCUGCCCCUGGCUGACACGGCGGCCAUGGCGGAGGUUCACCGGAUGGGCCUGCACAACGUCCACAAGACGGACUAUCCCCGGGACGCCAGUCUCGUCGACCUGUUCCGCGAGCAAGUCGUUGCUCACCCCAAGGCGGUGGCUGUCAUGGAAACCUUUUCCAACAAGACGAAGCUGACUUACACCGAGCUGGACCAACAAUCCGACCGACUUGCCGGCUGGCUCCGUCGACGCCGACUCGCCCCGGAGACCCUCGUCGCCGUUCAUUCUCCCCGGUCCAGUCUCACCAUUCUGACAUUCCUCGCCAUUCUCAAGGCCGGUUUGGCUUACCUCCCGCUCGAUGUGAACAUGCCCCUCGCGCGCGUCGAGGCCAUCCUCUCGGCGGUCAAGGGCUCCACCGUCCUGUUCUUGGGCGAAGACACGCCUCGGCCGGAGAUCAAGGUUGCAGACGUUGAGAUCGUCUCCAUCACAGACGCCUUGAACGACAACACCACCACCGUGGAUGCCCGCCAUGCAAGCGAUGCCACGGCCGGCCCAACAGCCACAAGUAUCGCCUACGUCAUGUUCACCUCCGGAUCGACGGGCCAGCCGAAAGGGGUCAUGAUCGAGCACCGCGGCAUCGUCAGGCUCGUAAGGCAGAGCAAUGUCAGCACCAAGCUGCCGGAAACCCCGCGUGUUGCCCACAUGUCCAACACGGCCUUCGACGCCUCGACAUGGGAGAUCUGGUCGGCCCUCCUCCACGGCGGGACUCUUGUGUGUAUCGACUAUUUCACGGCGCUCGACAGCAAGGCCCUUGCCGCAGCCUUUAUAGAGCACCGCAUCCAGGCCGCCCUGCUGCCCCCGGCCCUGCUCAAGCAGUGUCUGUCCAACGCGCCGGAUAUGCUGCGCGGGCUGGCGCUGCUCUUCGUCGGCGGCGACCGGUUCGACGGCAGAGACGCCAUCGAGACCAAGGCCCUCGUGAAGAACGGCGGCGUCUACAACGCGUACGGUCCGACGGAGAACACCGUCAUGGCCACCGUCUACGAAGUCACCGACGAGGACGCCUGCUUCGCCAGCGGCGUGCCCGUCGGCCGCGCCGUGAGCAACUCGGGCGCCUACAUCAUGGACCCCAUCCAGCAGCUCGUACCCGUCGGUGUCGUGGGCGAGCUGGUCGUGACCGGGGACGGCCUCGCGAGGGGGUACACGGACGCGGUGCUCGACCGGGACCGAUUUAUCCACAUCUCCGUCGCCGGCCGGGAGGUCCGUGCGUACCGGACCGGCGAUCGGGUCCGGUAUCGGCCCACCGACGGCCAAAUCGAAUUCGCCGGCCGCAUCGACCAGCAGGUCAAGAUCCGCGGCCACCGGAUCGAGCCGGCCGAGAUCGAGCAGGCGGUCCUCGCCCACGGCGCGGUCCUCGACGCCGCCGCCGUCGUCCGCCGAGCCAAGGACGCCGCCGGCUCCGAUACCACCACCUCGGAAGAGCCCGAGAUCAUCUGCUUCGUUGUGGCGCGGGACGACGACGCCGCCGUCAACCACACGCCCAUCCGCGACGACGAGACGCCGGGCAAGGUAGGCAGUAGAGACGACGAGUUUGCGAGACUGAUGGAGCAGCAGAUCUGGCACCGCCUCCGGGCCGUGCUGCCGCGCUAUAUGAUCCCCUCGCGCGUGCUUGUGCUCGAGGGCGGCAUGCCCCUGAACGCUAACGGUAAGGUCGACCGUCGAGAACUAACGCGCAGGGCGCAGAAUAUGGAGAGGAGCAGCAUGGCGUUGGGCUGUGGUGGCGGGGCGAGGGAGUCCCCCGUGGCGCCGCGCAACGAGGUCGAGGCCGCGCUGUGCGAGGAGUUUGCCGAUGUUCUCGGCCUCGAGGUCGGCAUCACGGACAACUUCUUCGAUCUGGGGGGACACUCCCUCAUGGCCACGAGGCUGGCCGCGCGCAUCAGUCGCCGCCUUGAGGUCCGCGUGACGGUCAAGGAGAUCUUUGACCAGCCCAUCCUCCUCGAUCUCGCGGCAACCCUCCGCCGAGGAUCGACCCAGCACAGUGCCAUUGUCCCACGUCCCUACGAGGGACCCGUCGAGCAGUCGUUCGCCCAGGGCCGCCUUUGGUUUCUCGAGCGUCUGUACCCAGGCCUGACGUGGUAUCUCUCGUCCUUUGCCUCCCGCCUCAAGGGAGACCUGAACGUCGCGGCCCUACAGACAGCGCUGCUGGCGCUCGAGGAACGACACGAGGGACUGCGCACGACGUUCCAGCAGAUCGACGGUGUCAACGUGCAGGUCAUCCAGCCCUUCGUGCCCAAGCAGCUACGCGUCGUCGACAUCCCCGGCGGCUCCGAGGAGCAGCUGAUGCUGGCCCUGAAGAAGGAGAACUCGACCCCAUUCAACUUGGAGACCGAGCCCGGCUGGCGUCCCGCCCUUCUCCGGCUCGGCGAAAAGUCAUACGUCUUGUCCAUUGUCAUGCAUCACAUUAUUUCGGACGGCUGGUCCCUCGAUAUCCUCCAGCGCGAGCUGGCCACCUUCUACGCCGCGAGCCUCCGCAACAAGAACCCGUUGUCCAGGGUGAGCCCGCUGCCCAUCCAGUACCGUGACUUCGCCAUCUGGCAGAAGGAAGAGGCCCAAGUGGCCGAGCAGGAGCGUCAACUGGCAUACUGGAAGGGCCAGCUUGAUGGCAGCCAACCCGCGACUCUGCUUUUGGACAAGCCCAGACCGUCCGUUCCGUCCGGCACAGCGGUCGUCCACGAAUUCACCGUGGACGGCGACAUGUACCGGGACCUCCAGAGAUUCUGCCGGAAGCAGCAGACGACGCCCUUCUCAGUGCUCUUCGCGGCCUUCAGGGCAACGCACUUCCGCCUCACAGGCAUCGAGGACGCCACCAUCGGCACGCCCAUCGCCAACAGGAACCGCCAGGAGCUCGAGGACCUCAUCGGAUUCUUCGUGAACCUGCAGUGCAUCCGGACCUCCUUGGCCGACGACGAGACCUUUGGGACCCUUGUCCGGCAGGUCGUCUCGGCCAUGGCGGCGGCCUCAGCGAACCAGGACGUCCCCUUUGACCGGCUCGUUGCUGAGUUGCGGCCUGGGACACGCGAUGUCUCUCGACACCCCUUGGUCCAGAUGACGCUCGCCGUGCACUACCAGCAGAACCUCGGCAAGCUGCAGCUUGAGGGGCUGAGUUCCGACCCCCUGAACGCAGCUGAGACUUCGCGGUUCGACCUCGAGCUUCACUUCUUCCAGCAGAGGGACCGUCUGCAGGGCGUCAUCAUGUUCGCCAGGGAUCUCUUCGACCCGGUGUCUAUCAAGUCCAUGGAAACCGUCUUCUGCGAGGUCCUCCGACGCGGGCUCGAGGAUCCGUCCGUCCCGAUUGCUUCCAUGCCGUUGACCGACGGUCUCUCGGUGAUCACCGACAACAAACUCGACCUCGUGGCCCGGACCGAGUAUCCGCGGGACGCCAGCAUCCCGGCCCUGUUCCGGGAGCAAGUUUCCCUCUCUGGCGACGCCAUCGCCGUCAAGGACAGCACUUCACAACUUACCUAUUCCGAGCUCGACCGACAGUCGGACCGGCUGGCCUCCUGGCUGGUCCGUCGAGGCUUCGCCCCCGAGACCAUGAUCGGCGUCCUGGCCCCGAGAUCCUGCGAGGCCAUCGUGGCCCUGAUGGGAAUCCUCAAGGCCGGCCUGGCGUAUCUGCCGCUUGAUGUCAAUGUGCCCCUCGGCCGUUUGGAGAGCAUCCUGUCCUCCAUCGAGUACAAGAAACUCCUGCUACUCGGUGCCGGCGUGCCCGUGCCAGCCACGCAGCUGGACGACGUCGAGUUCCUCACCAUCGCCGAGGCCCGUGACGGUGACUCCAAAAUCGCCGUCGUUAAACAACUCCCAUCACCCACGGCAACCAGCCUGGCGUAUGUCAUGUUCACGUCCGGUUCCACGGGUCGUCCAAAGGGAGUCAUGGUCGAGCAUCGGGGUAUCGUCAGACUGGUCAAGAACACCAAUAUCCAAACCCAGGCCCAGUCUGCCGUUCCCGUCGGCCACAUCGCCAACCUCGCCUUCGACGCGGCCACCUGGGAGAUCUAUACCGCCCUCCUCAACGGCGGGUCCCUCAUCUGUAUUGAUCACACAACCGUCCUGGACGUCGCUGCGCUGGGCCGCGUAUUCGAGCAGGAAAAGGUCAAGGCCGUCAUGUUCACGCCCGCGCUGCUCAAACAGUGCCUUGCCGAGUCCCCGUCGACCAUCAAGGGCCUCGAGCUCCUAUUCGCAUCCGGCGACCGCCUCGACGUUCAGGACGCCCUGACGGCGCAGGCACUGGCCAAGGGCGGUAUCAUCAACGCACUGGGCCACACGGAGAACACGGUGUACUCGACGGCCUUCCACAUGCGGCCGGCCGAGCUCUGCAUCAACGGCGUGCCCGUCGGACGCGCCAUCAGCAACUCGGGCGCCCUUGUCCUCGAUCCCCAGCAGCGUCCCGUGCCGCUCGGCGUCAUGGGCGAGCUCGUCCUGACGGGCGACGGCGUGGCACGCGGCUACACCGACCCGGCUCUGAACAAGGGCCGGUUUUUCGACAUGACGACCGCGGACGGCGAGACAACGCGGGCGUACCGCACCGGAGACCGCGCCAGAUACCGGCCCGUCGACGCCCAGAUGGAGUUCUUCGGCCGCAUGGAUCAGCAACUCAAGAUCCGCGGGUUCCGGGUCGAGCCGGCCGAGGUCGAGCAGGUCCUGCUCCGCCACCCAGCCGUCCGGGACGCCGCCAUCGUCAUCCGGAAGCAGCCGGAAGACGUCCACAGCGUCGAGAUGGUCGCUUUCCUCGCCGCGAGGGACGACGAGCUCGCCGAGAUCCCGCAGAACGAGAUUGCCAGCCGCGUCGAGGGCUGGGGCAACCACUUCGAGACGAGCACCUACGUUGACAUUGACCAGGCCAUCGACGCGUCCGUUGUCGGCAACGAUUUCCUCGGCUGGACGUCCAUGUAUGAUGGGACGGAUAUCGACAAGGGCGAGAUGCAGGAGUGGCUGGACGACACGAUGGACACGAUCCUGGACCACCAACCGGCCGGCCGCGUGCUUGAGAUCGGCACCGGCAGCGGCAUGAUCCUGUUCAACCUCGGCGGCGGCCUCGAGAGCUACGUCGGCCUCGACCCCUCAGAAUCAGCCGUCUCUUUCGUCCAAAGCAAGAUCCAAUCCGUCCCCGCGGUGGCCGGCAAAGCCCAGGUCUACGUCGGCACCGCAACGGACGUGCCCAGCCUCGAGGGGCUCCGGGCCGAUCUCGUGGUGACCAACUCCGUGGCCCAGUAUUUCCCUUCCAUCGAGUACCUACUACAAGUCAUUGACGGUCUUACUCGGAUCCCCGGCGUCAAGCGUCUUGUGUUCGGCGACAUGCGGUCCUGGGCCAUCAACCGCGACUUCCUGGCCUCCCGGGCGCUCCGGGCUCUCGGGCCGGCCGCCACCAGAACCGAGAUCCGGCGUAAGAUCGCCGAGCUCGAGGACCGCGAGGAGGAGUUCCUCGUGGACCCGGCCUUCUUCGCCGGGCUGACGAGCCAGUUCCCCGAUCGAAUCUGGCACGUCGAGGUCCUCCCGAAGCGCAUGAGGGCCACCAACGAGCUCAGCGCGUACCGCUAUCAAGCCGUCAUCCACGUGCGAGGGCCGCCGGGCCGUGAGCCUCAACAGGCCGUACAUGUCAUCGACCCGGAGUCCUGGCUCGACUUCAAGGUCUCCCAGCUCGACCGCAACGGCCUCCUCGGUCUGCUGCAGGGGUCUCCCGACGCGCAGACCAUCGCCGUGGGCAACAUCCCCUACAGCCGCACCAUCGUCGAACGGCUGCUCGUCGAGUCCCUGGACGAGCCCGACGUGCCCGGAACCCUGGAAGGUGCGGCCUGGAUCUCGAGCGUCCGCGAGACCGCCGCCCAGUCGCCGUGCCUCUCGCCAUUCGAUCUCGUCCAGCUGGCCCGGGAGUCCGGGUUCCGCGUCGAGCUCAGCUGCGCGCGGCAGCGCUCGCAGAACGGCGCCGUCGACGCUGUGUUCCACCGCUUCGAGCCGGGCCACGACAACGGCCGCGUGCUGGUGCAGUUCCCGACGGACGAGCUGCUGCAGGCCCGGUCCCUCAGCCUCAUGACCAGCCGGCCGCUGCACCGCCAGCAGAGCCGCCGGGUCGAGGCCCAGGUCCGCGAGUACCUCCAGACGCUGCUGCCGCCGUACAUGAUCCCGAGCCAGAUCUCGGUGCUCGAUCAGCUCCCGGUCAAUGCCAACGGAAAAGUUGACCGUGGCCGCCUCGCGCUGCGGGCCCAGACGGUGGUGCCGAGGGCCCGCAAAGCCGCGGCCUACGUCGCCCCUCGUACCGAGGUGGAAGGCAUCCUCUGCGAGGAGUUCGCCGACGUCCUCGGCGUGCAAGUCGGCGUGACGGACAACUUCUUCAACCUGGGCGGCCACUCGCUCAUGGCAACGAAGCUGGCGGCCCGUCUGACCCGGAGACUCGAGGCGCGGGUUUCGGUCAAGGAUAUCUUUGACAGGCCGGUCCUCGCCGACCUCGCCGCCACCGUCCAGCAGGGCUCCAAGAAGCACAACCAGAUCCCCUCACACCCGUACGCUGGCCCUGUCGAGCAGUCCUUCGGUCAGGGGCGUCUCUGGUUCCUCCACCAACUCGGCCUCGGCGACUCCUCCGGCUACCACAUGCCGAUCGCCGUCCGGAUGGCCGGCCCGCUUGACACGGACGCGCUCCGGGUCGCCCUGGCCACCCUCGUGCGACGCCACGAGACGCUGCGGACAACUUUCGAGGAGCACGACGGCGUCGGCGUACAAGUUGUGCAGCCGGCGAGCGACACGAACGGUGACCUCUGUGUGAUCGAGGUGCCCGACGGCCGGUACGAAGACAUCCUGAAGCACCAGCAGGCGAAGCCCUUCGACCUCACUUCGGAACCGGGCUGGCGCGUCGUGCUGCUGCGUCUCGGGCCCGAGGAUCAUAUCCUCUCCAUCAUCAUGCACCACAUCAUCUCCGACGGGUGGUCCUUCGACAUCCUCCAGCGCGAGCUGACCCUCUUCUACGCCGCCGCCCUGCGCGGCCAGGAGCCCGCCAUCUCCCCGUUGCCGAUCCAGUACCGAGACUUCGCCGCCUGGGAGAAGCAGGACGCCCAGGUCGCCGAGAACGAGCGGCAGUUGGACUACUGGAAGCGCGAGCUGGCCGGCAGCCAACCCGCGACGCUGCUGUGCGACAAGCCGAGGCCGGCCACCAUCUCGGGCGACGGCGGCCUCGUCGAGCUGUCCGUCCAAGGUCCCGUGUAUGAAAACCUCGAGAGGUUCUGCCGCACCCACCAGGCCACGUCCUUUGCCGUCCUGCUCGCCGCGUUCCGCGCCACGCAUUAUAGGCUGACUGGCGACGAUGAUGCGACUAUUGGUACCCCUAUUGCCAAUAGGAGCCGGUCCGAGCUGGAAGACCUCAUCGGAUUCUUCGUGAACACGCAGUGUAUGAGGAUUGCCAUGGACGAUACCCAGACGUUCGACGGGCUGGUCCGCCAGGUCCGCUCGACCGUCACGUCCGCGUUCGAGAACCAGGACGUCCCCUUUGAGCGCAUCGUGUCCUCCCUGCUGCCCGGGUCCAGGGAUACCUCGCGCAACCCGCUGGUGCAGAUCAUCUUCGCCGUCCACUCGCAAAAGGAUGUCGGGAAAAUCCAGCUCGAGGGCCUCACGGGGACGACGUUGCCCUUCACCCCGACGACGAGGUUCGAUUUCGAGUUCCACCUCUUCCAGGAGGAGGGCCGGCUCCGGGGCAACGUCUUCUACUCGACGGACCUCUUCGAGGAGAAGACGGUGCGGACCGUGGUGGAUGUGUUCCAGGAGGUCCUGCGUCGGAGUCUCGAACAGCCGCAGGUCCCUCUCUCCGGCCUGCCUCUGACCGAUGGAUUGCCGGCCCUGCGCGAUCUCGGCCUGUUGCAGGCCGCCACGCCCGAAUACCCCCGGGACUCUAGUGUCGUGGAUCUCUUCAAUCAGCAGGCCUCGUCCCACCCCGACUCCGUUGCUGUCAAGGAUGCAUCGUCUCAGCUGACGUACGCUGAACUCAACAACCAGUCGGAUAAGCUUGCGUCCUGGCUGCGCCAGCGUAGGCUCCCCGCCGGCUCCCUCGUUGGAGUGUUAUCCCCUCGAUCUUGCGAGACCAUCGUUGCCCUUUUCGCCAUCCUCAAGGCUGACCUCGCCUAUUUGCCGUUCGACACCAAUGUGCCCACCGCCCGCCUCGAGGAUAUCCUGUCGGAGGUGUCUGGCGAGAAGCUUGUAUUAGUCGGGGCUUCAGUGCCCAUGCCGGACCUUGGCGUGCCCGACGUCAAGCUGGUCCGCAUCGUCGACGCCAUGACGGCGUCUCAUCAAAGGCAGCAGAACGGCCUCGUCGCAGCAGCGCCGGGCCCGAAGGCCACCAGUCUCGCCUACGUCAUUUUCACCUCCGGCUCGACCGGCCGCCCCAAGGGUGUCAUGGUCGAGCACCGCGCAAUCGUCCGUCUCGUCAAAAACACCAAUAAGCACCUGCAAAUCAGCGCAGGGUCCAGCAUGCCCCACGUCUCGAACCUGGCUUUUGAUGCAGCGACGUGGGAGAUUUAUGCACCGCUGCUCAACGGCGGCACCCUCGUGUGCCUCGACCAGAUGACGGUCCUGAGUCCCCCGCUGCUGCUCGAAGCCUUCCGCGUCAACAAAAUCGCCGUGGUCUUCUUCACGACGGCCCUGAUGCGCCAGCUGCUCGAGGAGAUGCCGUCCAUCAUCGGCAGCCUGGACGUCCUGUUCACCGGCGGCGAGACGAUGCGGCCCCAGGACGCGUUCAAGGCCCGCGGGCUCGUCAGGAAGGCCCUCUGCCACGUCUACGGACCGACAGAGAAUACCGUCUUCAGCACCAUGUACACAAUGAAGUCCGACGAGGGUUGCGUCAACGGGCUGCCCAUCGGACGCGCCAUCCACAAUUCGGGCGCUUUCGUGAUGGACUCGCGCCAGCAAAUCGUCCCUCUCGGGGUUAUCGGCGAGCUCGUCGUCACAGGAGACGGGCUGGCCCGCGGGUACACGGAUGCGAGUCUCGACCUGAACCGUUUUGUGCAGGUUACAGUUGAAGGCAAGUCUCUGCGCGCGUACCGGACGGGUGACCGGGCGCGCUACAGGCCGGCGGACGGCGAGAUCGAAUUCAUCGGCCGCGUCGACAACCAGAUCAAGAUCCGCGGGUACCGCAUCGAGACGGCCGAGGUGGAGACCGCCAUCGCCGGUUUGUCCGGGGUGCGCGAUUCGGCUGUUGUGGUCCGGACGUUUGAAGACCAGCAGCCGGAAAUGGUCGGCUUCGUCACGGUCCACUCGGAUACCGAAGUGGGUCCAUCGGAGACGGAAGACGGCAACGGUGAUCCGAACGGCCCCACUCCCGUCGCCGCAACGGAGCGGGACGUCCGGAAGCGUCUCCAGGCCGCCCUGCCGUCCUACAUGGUCCCGUCGCAGAUUAUCGUUGUCGAUCACAUGCCCCUGACGGCGAACGGAAAAGUCGACCGCCGCGAGCUGGUCAGGAGGGCCCAGACGACUCUGCGGACCAGCACGGUCUCGCUCCGCGUUGCGCCCCGUAACGAAGUCGAGGCGACGCUCUGCGAGGAGUAUGCCAAGGUGCUGGGCAUCGAGGUCGGCAUAACUGACAACUUCUUCGACCUCGGCGGCCAUUCGCUGAUGGCGACGAAACUGGCCGCCCGGAUAAGCCGCAGGCUGGAUGCCCGCGUGUCGGUCAAGGACAUAUUCGACCAACCCGUCCUCGUCGACCUUGCGGCCAUUAUACGUCCCGGUUCAACACUCCACAGCCCCAUAACUCCCAUGCCGUACUACGGCCCGGUCGAGCAAUCCUUUGCCCAGGGCAGACUUUGGUUCCUCGACAAGCUGAACGCCGGGGCCCUAUGGUAUAUGAUGCCCCUCGCGGCGCGUCUCCGAGGCCCCUUGCGUGUGGAUGCCCUGUCUGCCGCGAUCAACGCGCUGCAGGAGCGCCACGAAACCCUGCGCACGACGUUCGUCGAGCAAGACGGCGUGGGCGUGCAAGUCGUCCACCCGCCGCGCCCCGUCGAGCUGAAGGUCGUCGACCUCUCGGCCGCCCGUGACGGCGAACGCAGCUACGUCCAGCCGCUCAAAGACGAGCAGACGACGCCCUUCGACCUGGCCUCCGAACUGGGCUGGCGCGUGACGCUGUAUCGCCUCAGCGAGAACGAUCACGUGCUGUCCAUCAUCAUGCACCACAUCAUCAGCGACGGCUGGUCCGUCGACAUCCUCCGCAAGGAGCUCGGCGCCUUCUACGCGGCGGCGAUCCGCGGCGAGGACCCGUUGUCACGCGUGCGACCCCUUCCUAUCCAGUACCGUGACUUCGCCGUCUGGCAGCGCAACGACGUCCAGGCCGUCGACCAGAAGAAACAGCUCGAGUAUUGGACCGAGCAGUUGGCCGAUAGCACACCGGCCGAGUUCCUGUGCGACAAGCCGCGGCCGACCAUCUUGUCCGGAGACGCCGGGUUCGUGGAGAUGACGAUAAAGGGAGCCGUCUACGAGAGCCUGCAGUCCUACUGCCGUGCCAACCACUUCACCUCCUUCGCCGUGCUGCUCGCGGCCUUCCGCGCCACCCACUUCAGACUUACUGGUGUUGAAGACGCCACGAUUGGCACACCCAUCGCCAACCGCAAUCGACCCGAACUCGAGGACCUCAUCGGCUUCUUCGUCAAUGCCCAGGGGAUGCGCACCGUCCUCCAGGAGGACGAGACCUUCAACAGCCUCGUGCGGCAGGUCCGCGCAACGGCGGCGGCGGCGUUCGAGAACCAGGACGUCCCCUUCGAGAGCGUCGUGACGGCCCUCGUGCCGCCCAACGCGCGCGACGCGUCCCGGAACCCGCUCGUGCAGCUCAUGUUCGCCCUGCACUCGCAGCACGACCUCGGCCGGAUCCCGCUGGAGGGGCUGGCCAGCGAGCGCCUCCCGACGCCGGCGACGACGCGGUUCGACCUCGAGUUCCACCUGUUCCAGGAGGAGGGCCGGCUGGGCGGCAGCAUCAUGUACGCGUCGGACCUGUUCGAGCACGCCACGGUGCAGGGGAUCGUCGACAUCUUCCAGGAGGUGCUGCGCCGCGGGCUGGCGCAGCCGGACACUCCGAUCUCGUCGUUGCCGCUCACCGACGGGCUCGACGGCCUGCGGGCCACCGGUCUCGUGGAUGUCGACAAGACCGAGUACCCGCGCGAGUCGAGCAUCAUAGACGUCUUCGCCGAGCAGGUCGCGGCGGCGGGCCCGGACACCAUCGCCGUCAAGGACUCGACUUCCGCGCAGCUGUCGUACGCGCAGCUGGACCGGCAGUCCGACAUACUGGCGUCCUGGCUGCAGAAGCAGAAGCUUGCAGCAGAAACGCCCGUGGCCGUCUUUGCGCCCCGGUCCUGCGAGACCAUCGUGGCCUUCCUCGGCAUACUCAAGGCCAACCUUGCGUAUCUUCCCCUCAACGUCAACAUCCCGGCCGCACGACUUACCUCUAUUCUUUCUGCCGCCGACGACGGCAAGGUCCUCCUCCUUCUCGGAUCGACCGUCACGAGACCGUCCCUUGAUCUCCCCAACGUCACGAUGGUGCCCAUCAGCGAUACCCUUCGUGACGCCCCCAGCAAACCCUCCCUCCAGCUCCUCUCCAAGCCAACUGCCACCAGUCUGGCCUACAUCAUCUUCACGUCCGGGUCAACAGGCAAGCCCAAGGGCGUGAUGGUCGAACACCGCGGAAUCAUCAGGCUUGUCAAGAACAGCAAUGUGGUUGCCAAGCUUCCUCCCGCCGCACGCGUUGCCCACCUCUCCAACGUUGCGUUUGACGCGUCCACGUGGGAAAUCUACUCGGCGCUGCUCAACGGCGGCACCUUGGUCUGCAUCGACUAUUUCACGACCCUCGAUCCGGCGGCAUUAAACACCCUCUUCCUCCGGGAGCGGAUCCAGGCCACGAUGCUGCCCCCGGCCCUCCUCAAGCAGUGCCUCCAGCCCAUGGAGGCCACCCUCGGGGCCCUGAGCCUGCUGUUCGCCGCGGGUGACCGCUUCGACGGCCCCGAUGCCGCCGCCGCCUCGCGCGCGUUGGGCUCCGGAGGAAGCGUCUACAACGCGUACGGUCCGACGGAGAAUACGAUCCUCAGCACGAUCUACGAAGUAUCCGGGCAGGACCCCUUCGUCAACGGCGUACCGAUCGGCAAGGCAGUCAGCAACUCGGGGGCGUACAUCCUCGAUCCCAUCCAGCGGCCCGUCCCCGUGGGCGUGAUGGGCGAGCUUGUUGUCACGGGAGACGGUCUCGCCCGCGGCUACACGGAUGCCGCACUCAACAAGGACCGGUUCGCCCAGGUGGCCGUCAACGGGCAGGUCGUCCGGGCGUACCGCACGGGUGAUCGUGUGCGUUACCGUCCGACGGACGGCCAGAUCGAGUUCUUUGGCCGGAUGGACCAGCAGGUCAAGAUCCGCGGGCACCGCGUUGAACCGGCCGAGGUCGAACAGGCCCUUCUCACGCAUAGCGACGUGCUGGAUGCCGCCGUCGUGCUGCGCCGACAGGAAGGGGAGGAGACGGAGAUGGUCGGGUUCGUGGCGGCGCGCGGCGACCAGAGCCUCGAGACGCAGGAGGCCGGCAACCAGGUCGAGGGCUGGGGCAACCACUUCGAGACGAGCACGUACGCCGACAUCGAGACCAUCGACCAGUCGAUCGUCGGCAACGACUUCAUGGGGUGGACGUCCAUGUACGACGGCAAGGAUAUCGACAAGGGGGAGAUGCAGGAGUGGCUUGACGACACCAUGGCGGCGCUCCACGACGGCAGGCCGGCCGGCCGCGUCCUCGAGAUCGGCACGGGCACCGGCAUGAUCCUCUUCAACCUCCGGGGUCUAGACGGUUACGUCGGCCUCGACCCGUCCAGCUCGGCGGCCGGGUUCGUCAACAGCAAGAUCCGGGCUAUGCCGUCCCUCGCCGGCAAGGCCCGUGUCGCCGUCGGCACGGCCCUCGACGUGGGCAACGGCGGUCUCCUCCUCGACAACAACAUGGUUGACGCCGGUCUCGUCGUCACCAACUCGGUCGCCCAAUACUUCCCCUCGGGCGACUAUUUGUUCCAGGUCAUCAAGCACCUGACGCGCCUCCGGGGCGUCCGGCGGCUCUUCUUUGGCGAUAUGCGGACCUACGCCACCAACAGGGACUUCCUCGCGGCCAGGGCCUUACAUGAUCUGGGCUCCGGCGCAACGCGGGAUGACGUCCAGCGGAGGAUCGCCGAGCUGGAGGAGCGCGAGGAGGAGCUUCUGGUUGAUCCGGCCUUCUUCACGGGGCUUGUGGCGCGUCUCCCGGACCACGUGCGGCACGUGGAGAUUCUGCCGAAGCGCAUGAGGGCGACCAACGAGCUCAGCGCGUAUAGAUACGCGGCCGUCGUUCAUAUGAAGAACCCGGAGGACGACGAGACCUCCAACAACGACGACACUAGGAAGCAGACGCGGCGACAGCCCGUCCACACCAUCGAGACGGACGCCUGGAUCGACUUUAAGAAAUCCCAGCUCGACUAUGCCGGGCUUCUGAAGCUUUUAAAGUCCAAGUCGACGUCGUCUUCCUCUGCCAUCGUCCCCGUCUCCAACAUCCCCUACAGCAAGACCAUCGUCGAGAGGCUGCUCGUCGAGUCCCUCGAUGAAGACGACGAGACGCAGCGCCUCCUCGACGGCGCCCCCUGGAUCUCCUCCAUCCGUGAUCUUGCACGGAACUACGCCGCCCUUUCCGGAGCCGAUCUCGCCGACAUUGCAGACCAAGCCGGCUUCCACGUGGAACUGAGCUGGGCCCGGCAACGAUCCCAGAACGGAGCCAUCGACGCCGUCUUUCACCGCCGUCACCUCGUCAAGGAUGACGACCACAACGGCAACAAUAACGAUAAGAAGAACCACCAACAACAGACCCGCGUGCUCUUCGACUUCCCCACGGAGCACCUCGGCCGUCUGUCCAACCUCCUCGCCAACAGCCCCCUCCAGCGCCACCAGAGCCGCCGUCUCGAGACCCAGGUCCGGGACCACCUCCAGACCAUCCUCCCGCCGUAUAUGGUGCCCGUUCAGAUCGUCGUCAUGGACCGCCUGCCCCUCAACGCCAACGGCAAGAUCGACCGCCGCGAGCUCGCGCGCAAGGCCAAGGCGGCGCCGCGCACCAAGGCCCUCCUCGCCGCGACGGAGCGGGUCGAGCCGCGCAACGAGGUCGAGGCCGCGCUGUGCGAAGAGUUCUCCGCCGUGCUGGGCGUCCACGUCGGCAUCACCGACAACUUCUUCGACCUCGGAGGGCACUCGCUGAUGGCCACCCGUCUCGCCGCCCGCCUGUCCCGCCGGCUGAACACGCAGAUCUCGGUCAAGGACGUCUUCGACAACGCCCGCGUCGUCGACCUGGCCGCGUCCAUCCGCCAGGGGUCCAGCAGACACAACGCCAUCCGCGCCCUGCCUUACACCGGUCCUGUCGAGCAGUCCUUUGCCCAGGGCCGACUGUGGUUCCUGGACCAGCUGGAUCUUGGGGCAUCGUGGUACAUCAUGCCGCUUGCAUUCCGUCUCCGCGGUCCCAUGAAGGUCGAGGCGUUGGCCACGGCCUUGCGUGCGUUGGAACUCCGGCACGAGACGCUCCGCACCACUUUCGAGGAGCAGGACGGCGUUGGCGUCCAGGUCGUCCACCCGUUCGACCCCAAGGAUCUCCGGGUCAUCCAUGUCCAAGACGGCGGGAGCCAUCUCGACGAGGCCCUCCGGAAGGAACAGAGCCUCCCCUUUGAUCUCUCGACGGAGCCUGGCUGGCGGCCGGCCCUCUUCCGUGUUGGUGACGGUGACCAGGACCACGUCCUCUCCAUCGUCAUGCACCACAUCAUCUACGACGGCUGGUCCCUCGAGAUCCUGCAGCGCGAGCUGGCCUCCUUUUACGCGUCCGCCGUCCGGGGCCACGACCCCCUCGCCGACGUGCCGGCGCUGGCCAUCCAGUACAGAGACUUCGCCGCGUGGCAGAGACAGGACGAGCAGGUCGCGGAGCACGAGCGGCAGCUGUCCUACUGGCGCCAGCAGCUCGAGGGGAGCCAGCCGGCCAGCCUGUUCUGCGAUCGGCCCCGUCCGGCGGCGCUCUCGGGCGAUGCCGGCAUCGAGUCCAUUGUCGUCGAGGGCCCGACCUACGAGAACCUUCAGGCCUACUGCCGGGCUCGCCAGGCCACCCCCUUCAUCGUCCUCCUCGCCGCCUUCAGGGCUGCCCACUACAGGUUGACCGGCAUGGAAGACGCAACCGUAGGCACGCCCAUUGCCAACCGCAACCGGUCCGAGCUCGAGGAUCUCGUCGGUUUCUUCGUCAACACGCAGUGCAUGCGCAUCACCAUCGACGAGGCCGACGAGACCUUUGAGUCACUCGUCCAGCAGGUCCGGGCCACGGUCAACACGUCGUUCGAGAACCAGGACGUCCCCUUUGAGAGGAUCGUCUCGGCUCUGCAGCCCGGGUCGAGGGACACAUCGCGCAACCCGCUCGUGCAGCUCAUGUUCGCCGUGCAUUCGCAGCAGGGGCUCGGAGGCAUACAGCUCGAGGACGUGUCGAGCGAGCGUCUGCCCAACGCGACGACCACGCGCUUCGACGUGGAGUUCCACCUCUUCCAGGAAAAGGGACGGCUUACAGGAAGCAUCGUGUACGCCACCGACCUCUUUGCGACAGCCUCGAUCCGCGGCGUCGUUUCUGUAUUCGAAGAGGUCCUUCGCCGCACGCUGGAUGACCCCAAGGCGGUUCUUUCGUCCCUCCCGCUGACGGAUGGCCUGGCCGAGCUUCACAGCAAGGGCCUCCUCUCCAUUCCGAGGUCGCCGUAUCCGAGAGACGCCAGCGUGGCCGACGUGUUCCGCGAACUGGCCCUCAGCCAGCCUGAUGCUCCGGCCGUCGUUGAUGCCUCGUCUACCCUGUCCUACUCGCAGCUGGACCAGCAGUCAGAUACGCUGGCGGCGUGGCUUCUUCGACGACCGGACAUGGCGGACGAGGAACUUGUCGCCGUGCUGGCCCCGCGGUCCUGCGACACUAUUGUUGCGUUCCUCGGCGUCCUCAAGGCCAACAUGGCCUACCUCCCCCUGGAUAUCAAUGCCCCGGUGGCCCGUCUCAACGCCAUCUUCUCGACCCGUCCGGGACGCAAGCUGCUGCUUCUCGGCAACGAUACCCCCGUUCCCGACUCGUUAGCCGAAGACGUCGAGACGGUGCCUCUCGGCGAGGCCCUCAAGACCCCCCACGCCAUCCCGCCCACCGCCUCGAAGCCGUCCGCGACGAGCCUCGCGUACGUCAUGUAUACCUCCGGGUCGACCGGCACGCCAAAGGGUGUUAUGGUCGAGCACCGCGGCAUCGUGCGUCUCGCCAAGAACACCAAUGCCCUCGCGAGACUGCCGCCAUCGGCCCGCAUGGCCCAUAUGUCCAACAUUGCCUUUGACGCCGCCACCUGGGAGAUCUAUUGCGCCCUGCUGAACGGGGGCACCCUCGUCUGCGUCGACUACUUCACCACCAUCGACGUCAAGAAGCUACAGGCCCUCUUCGCCUCCCGGCGCGUGCAGGCCGCCUUGUUCCCGCCGGCUCUGCUCAAGCAGUGCCUCGCCCACGCUCCGGCGACCCUGGCUUCCAUACAGCUCCUCCUGGCCGGCGGCGACCGCUGUGAUCCCCGCGACGCCGCCAUGAUCAGGUCCAUCAUCCCGGGGACCUUGAUCAACGCCUAUGGCCCGACGGAGAACACCGUCCUCUCCACCUUUCACGAGGUCACCGACGAGCCCUACGUCAACGGCGUCCCCAUCGGCCGGACUGCGACCAACUCGGGCGCCUACGUCAUGGACGCUCGUCAGCAGCCCGUUCCCAUCGGUGUUGUCGGCGAGCUCGUCGUCCUCGGCGACGGCCUGGCCCGGGGAUACACGGACCCGGCGCUGGAGGUCGGCCGGUUCGUCGAGAUCUCCGUCGACGGCCAGCCUCCGGCCCGGGCCUACCGCACCGGCGACCGCGUCCGAUACCGGCCGGACGGUCAGAUCGAGUUCUUCGGCCGCAUGGAUCAGCAGGUCAAGAUCCGCGGGAACCGCGUCGAGCCGGCCGAGGUGGAGCAGGCUAUCCUCCGGCACACGGCCGCCUCCGACGCCGCUGUUGUUCUGCGGAGACGCGACGGCCAGGAUCCCGAGAUCGUCAGCUUCGUCGCCGUCCGGUUCCCCAACGGCAUCAUUGCGCCACCGGAGAACGACGAGGCCGAGGCCGCGCAGCAGCAGCAGUUCGCCUUCAAGACGGAGAGAACAAUGCACCAGAAGCUGCAGAGCGUCUUGCCCUCCUACAUGGUGCCCGCGCAGAUCGUCGUGCUCGACCAGCUGCCCCUGAACGCCAACGGCAAAGUCGACCGGCGUCUCCUCUCGAGCAGAGCCCAGACCAUGACCGGCUCGGCAUCCUCUUCUGCUGCCGCCGCCGCCGCCGCCGCCUCCACCCGCGUGGCCCCCCGGAACGACGUCGAGGCCGCGCUGUGCGAGGAGUACACCAACGUGCUCGGCGUCGACGUCGGCGUUCAUGAUAGCUUCUUCGACCUUGGGGGGCACUCCUUGCUGGCCACCAAGCUCGUCGCCCGCCUCAGCCGCCGUCUGGACGCCCACGUCUCCGUCAAGUCCGUCUUCGACCACCCGGUCCUCGCCGACCUGGCCGCCACCAUCCGCCGAGGCUCCAAGAAACACACGGCCAUCGAGCCCACCGAGUACCGCGGUCCCGUCGAGCAGUCCUUUGCCCAGGCCCGUCUCUGGUUCAUCGAUCAGCUCGACCUCGGCGCCUCGUACAUGAUGCCUAUCGCCUUCCGCCUGCGAGGGCCUCUUUCAGUCGAUGCCCUCCGUUUGGCGCUCCACGCCCUCGCGCAACGCCACGAGACGCUUCGAACGACCUUUGAGGAGCGCGAAGGCGCCGGCGUACAAGUCAUCCACGACAACAAGAGCCUCGAGGACACUCUCCGAGUCAUCGAUGUGCCGGAAUCAUCGUCAGCGUCAGCAUCAGAUACCGACGAGGCCUACGCCUACGCCGAGAUCCUCCAAAAGGAGCAGUCCACUCCCUUCGACCUCGCCAAGGAGCCCGGCUGGCGCGUCUCCCUGCUGCGUCUGGGCUCCGACGACGACGACCACAUCCUCUCGAUCGUCAUGCACCACAUCAUCUCCGAUGGGUGGUCCAUCGAGGUCCUCCAACGCGAGCUUGUCGGCCUCUACGCCGUAUCCCUCCGCGGCCAAGACCCCCUCACCCACCUAAGUCCGCUCGCGAUCCAAUACAGGGACUUCGCCGUCUGGCAGAAGCAAGAGGCCCAGACGGAGGAGCACGACCGCCAGCUCGAGUACUGGACGAACCACCUCCAGGGCGGACAACCUGCCAAGCUGCUUCUAGACAGACCCCGGCCCGAGACCCUGUCCGGUAGCGCGGGAGCUGUUUUCCUGAGCGUCGACGGUGAAGUCUAUAAUGCUCUACAGACUUUCUGCCAGGCCCAUCAGACGACGUCCUUUGCGGUGCUGCUCGCCGCCUUCCGAGUGGCUCAUUUCCGUCUCACGGGCGCCGACGAUGCCACAAUCGGCACUCCCAUAGCCAACCGCAACCGGGCCGAGCUUGAGGAUGUUAUUGGCUUCUUCGUCAACACGCAGUGCAUGCGCAUCGUGAUCGACAACGAGGAUACGUUUGGCAGCAUCGUCCAGCAAGUCCGGUCCACGGCGGCCGCGGCCUUUGAGAACCAGGACGUGCCCUUCGAGAGGGUCGUUUCCGCCCUGCUCCCCGGCACCAGGGACACGUCCCGCAACCCGCUGGUGCAGCUCAUGUUCUCCCUCAACUCGCAGGAGGGCCUCGGCCGGAUCCAGCUCGAGGGCCUUGCGGGCAGCGAGGCGAUGCCGGCGGCCGUCACGACCCGCUUCGAUGUCGAGUUCCACCUCUUCCAGGAGGCCGGCCGCCUGGCCGGCACGGUACUCUACUCGUCCGACCUGUUCGACCGGGAGACCAUCUCCGGCGUCGUCGACGUCUUCCAGCAAGUCCUCCGCGAGGCCCUCGCGCACCCGGAAACGCCCCUAGGCGCGCUGCCGUUCGCCCGCGCCGAAGAACAGCUCCGCGACGCCGGCCUGCUGGACAUGGAAGUGACUAACUACCCCCGCGACGCCAGCAUCCCAGACAUCUUCCGCGCCGAGGCCCUCGCGAAGCCGCGCGCCGUCGCCGUCACGGAUUCCUCCUCCCAGCUGACGUACGCCGAGCUGGAUCGCCGCUCCGACGACCUCGCCCACUGGCUGAGGCGCCGUCGUCUGGACUCGGAGACCCUGGUGGGCGUUCUCGCGCCCCGGUCCUGCGAAACGGUCGUCGCCUUCCUCGGCAUCCUCAAGGCCAACCUUGCAUACCUCCCGCUCGACGUCAACGUGCCCUCCGCCCGCGUCGAGAUGAUCCUCUCCUUCGUCCCCGGCCAGAAGCUCGUCCUGGUCGGACCGGACGUCUCUACCGAUACCACCCUGUCGGACGUCGAGUUUGUGCGUAUCAGCGCCGCUCUCGACGAGGCCGCCGGCUCCAGCGGCUCGUCCAAGGAACCCGCAACCGCUUUCUCACAACCAGGCGCCAACAGCCUCGCUUACGUCAUGUAUACCUCCGGGUCUACUGGCAAGCCGAAGGGUGUUAUGGUUGAGCACCAGGCCAUUAUGCGUCUUGCUAAGAACACUAACAUCCUAGCGAGACUGCCCCCGUCGGCCCGCAUGGCCCAUAUGUCUAAUAUUGCCUUCGACGCCGCCACCUGGGAAAUCUAUGUGCCCCUUCUCAACGGCGGUUCCUUGGUCUGCAUCGACCGCAUGACAGUCCUCAACUCCUCCGAGCUCGGCCGCGUGAUUUCCAGCGAGCGCAUCACCACCGCCUGGUUCACCGCAGCUUUCCUGACGCAGGUCCUUGAGGAGGCCCCGUCCAUUAUCAGCCAUCUGGACUUUGUGUUCGCCGGCGGUGAGUUGGUGAGGCCGCAGGAUGCGCAAAAGGCCGCCCGCCUCGUACGCCGCUCGUUCCGCCACAUGUACGGCCCGACCGAGAACACUACCUUCAGCACCAUGUUCCAGAUGCCGACGGCGGCGGCGGCGGCAGCGGUCUCGGAGAAGGAGGAGGAGCGGGAGCACUGCGCCAACGGCGUCCCCAUCGGCCGCGCCGUCAGCAACUCGGGCGCCUACAUCACCGACAUCAAACAACGCCUCGUGCCUUUGGGCGUCAUGGGCGAGCUCGUCGUCACGGGCGACGGUCUCGCGCGCGGGUACACGGACCCGGCGCUCGACCGGGACCGGUUUAUCCACAUCUCCGUCGCCGGCCGAAUGGUCCGUGCGUACCGAACCGGAGAUCGGGCCCGCUUCCGGCCGGAUGGUCAGAUCGAGUUCCACGGCCGCAUGGACCAGCAGAUCAAAGUGCGCGGUCACCGGAUCGAGCCGGCCGAGAUCGAGCAGGCGAUGCUUUCCUAUGCCGGCGUCGGCGAUUCCAUCGUCGUCAUCGCGCGGCCGGACGACGCCGGGGACGCCGAGCUCGUCGGCUUCUUCACGGCGCAGUACACCAACGGCGUCGUCGUGCAGAAGGACGGCCCCUCGGCGGAGGAGCUGUUCUCCGCAAAGAUCGAAAAGGCGCUCCGACAACACCUCCAAAAGCUCCUUCCGUCGUACAUGGUCCCCUCGCGCCUCGCGCGUCUGGCCCAGCUGCCCCUCACGCCCAACGGCAAGGUCGACCGCCGCGAGCUGGCCCGGCAGGGUCAGACGCUCAUAGUCGAAGGCAAGUCGGCCUUCGCCGACGUCUUGGAGAUCGUCCCGCCGCGCAACAAGAUGGAGAGCGUCCUCUGCGACGAGUUCGCCGCCGUCCUCGGCGUCAAGGCCGUCGGCGUCACCAGCAGCUUCUUCGACCUCGGCGGGCAUUCGCUGAUGGCCACCAAGCUCGCAGCCCGUCUCAGCAAGCGCUUCAACACGCGGGUGACGGUCAAAAACAUCUUCGAACAGCCCCACAUCGUCGAUCUCGCUGCCAAGAUCCUCCAGCAGCAGGACUCGGCCCAGCACAAGCCCAUCAAGACGAGCGAGUACUCGGGCCCCGUCGAGCAGUCCUUCGCCCAGGGCCGUCUCUGGUUCCUCGAGCAGCUCUACAUUCGGGGCACCGGAUACCUCGUGCCUCUGGCUGUGCGACUUCGCGGCCCCCUGCGCAUCGAAGCCCUCGAAGCCGCCCUUUGCGUUCUCGAGCAGCGUCAUGAGACCCUCCGGACCACCUUUGAGGGUCACGACGGCGUAGGCGUGCAGGUCAUCCGGCCCAGUCAGAACAAGCCGCUCAAGCUCGUCGACGUGCCGGCCAGCGAGGAUUUCAUGGAGCUGCUUCGGCUGGACCAACAGAAGCCUUUUGACCUCUCCUCCGAGCCGGGCUGGCGCUUCACGAUUUUCCGGUUGGGCUCCGGUGGCCGGGACCACGUGCUGUCCGUCGUGAUGCAUCACAUUAUAUCCGACGGCUGGUCCCUCGAUGUACUUCAGCGCGAGCUGGCUACCCUCUACUCUGCCGCACUCGAGGGCAGAGAAUUGUCGUCUCUGUUGCAUGUCCUCCCGCCUCUCCCCAUCCAAUACCGUGAUUUCUCGGUCUGGCAGAAACAACCGGCACAGGUGGUCGAGCAAGACAGACAACUCGCCUACUGGAAAGACCAACUCGACGGCAGCCACCCGGCCAGCCUCCUAUGCGAUAAGAUGCGCCCCGAGAAGCCAUCCGGAGAUGCCGGUCUCGUGCAGUUCAAGAUCCAGGGGUCUGCGUAUGACAAGUUAUUGCAAUUCUGCAAGACGAACCAGACGACCAUGUUCACUGCCCUCUUCGCGGCAUUCCGCGCCACCCACUACCGUCUGACCGGCGUCGAGGACGCAACCAUUGGCACGCCCAUCGCCAACCGCAACAGGCCGGAGCUGGAAGACUUGAUCGGCUUCUUCGUCAACUCUCAGUGCCUCCGAACGACCGUCUCGGAUAAGGCCACCUUCGCCGACCUGGUCAGCCAGGUCCGGACAACCAUGACCGCCGCCGCCGAGCACCAGGACGUGCCCUUCGAACGCAUCGUGUCGACCCUCCUCCCCGGAUCCAGAGACACGUCUCGGAACCCGCUGGUGCAGCUCAUGUUCACCUUCCACGCGCAGCAGGACCUCGGAAAGCUGAGCCUGCAGGGGCUCGACGGCGAGUCGCUGUCCAUAGAGCCCAACACGCGGUUCGACAUGGAGUUCUACCUCGCGCAGCAGGACGGCUGCCUCGGCGCCAACGUCAUCUUCUCCACGGACCUCUUCGAGCUCGAUACCGUCCGCGGCAUCGUCCGUCUCUUCGAGGAGGUCUUGUCCCAGGGUCUCCAGCAGCCAGACACGCCCAUCGCCGGUCUCCCCCUGCCCUACGGCAUCGCCGAGCUCCGGGAGAUGGACCUGCUCGAGAUGCAGACCACGGACUACCCGCGCGACGCGAGCGUCAUUGACGUCUUCGCCGAGCAGGUCGCCGCUCACCCGGACACGACGGCCGUUACCGACGCCUCGUCGAGCCUCACGUAUCGCGAGCUGGACAGGGAGUCGAGCCGCAUCGCCGCCUACCUCCAACGGUACCACCGCCAGAUGGCGCCCGAGAGCCUCGUAGGCGUGCUGGCGCAGCGCUCAUGCCUGACGACGGCCGCGUUCCUCGGCAUCCUCAAAGCCAACCUCGCCUACCUGCCCCUCGACGUCAACGCCCCUGCAGCUCGCAUAGAUGCCAUUCUAUCGGCGGUCCCAGAUCACAAGCUAGUCCUUGUCGGCGCCGGAGUCCUUACUCUUCCAGCCGAGUCUCGGGAGGUCGAGCAGGUUCAGAUCAGUGAUGCCUUGAGACUUGGAGCAGCUGUCAACCCCCGUGACCUGUGCCUUCGUCCCGCGGCCACGGCGUCGGGUCUGGCCUACGUCAUCUUUACAUCCGGGACAACUGGUAAGCCAAAGGGCGUCAUGAUCGAGCACCGCAGUAUUGUGAGGCUUGUCAAGUCCACCAACUUCAUGACGCAGUCCCAGACCGCUCAGCCCGUCGCCCAUAUCUCGAACCUGGCCUUCGAUGCCGCCACAUGGGAGCUUUUCACGGCGCUUCUUAACGGAGGCACCGUCGUGUGCAUCGACCAUAUGAUCGUGUUGGACCCGAGCGCCCUCGGACAGGCCCUCAAGGCCAAUGGCGUGACAGCCGCCUUUUUCACCACGGCCCUUUUCAAUCAGUUCCUCAACGAGAUGCCUUCUGUUAUUGCCGGGCUCGAUUUGCUCGUCUCUGGAGGCGAGACCAUGCGACCGAAGGAUGCCUCCCGGGCCUGCCAGCUGGUCAAGCAGGCCCUAUACAACGUUUACGGGCCCACGGAAAACACGGCCUUCAGCACCGCCUAUCCCAUCGACGCAGACGGGAGCUUCGUCAACGGCGUGCCCAUUGGGAAGGCCAUCAGCAACUCCGGGUCCUACAUCAUGGACGCGCAUCAGCAACUGACGCCGAUCGGCACCAUGGGCGAGUUGGUUGUGACCGGCGACGGCCUCGCUCGCGGCUAUACUGAUCCUGCCUUGAACGCGGACCGAUUCGUUGAGGUCGAUAUUGCCGGCCGCUCCGUCCGGGCGUACCGGACCGGCGAUCGGGCCCGGAUCCGGCCUAGAGACGGACAAAUCGAGUUCUUUGGCCGGAUGGACCAGCAAAUCAAGAUCCGAGGUCACCGGAUCGAGCCGGUCGAGAUUGAGCAGGCCAUGCUCAGUAUCGACAUCGUUGUCCACGCCGCCGCCGUCUUCCGGAAGCGGGACGGUCAGGACUCGGAUAUUGUGGGGUUCGCCGCCCUCGCUGCUGCCGCCGCCCGGCCCGCCGAAGACGGCGCCAUGGACCCACAAACUUUCGCGGCGGACGCGGAACGGGAGAUCCGGCAGCGCCUACAGACCCUGCUGCCCCCGUACAUGGUCCCUGCACAGAUCAUCGUGCUGGACCAGCUGCCGCUCAACGCCAACAAGAAGGUCGACCGCCGCGAGCUCGCCCAGCGAGCCCUCGCCGCGCCUAGGAGCCGUACUUCCGCCGUGCGCGUCGCCCCUCGCAACGACGUCGAGGCCGCGCUCUGCGAGGAGUUCUCCGACGUCAUCGGCGGCGGCGUGGAAGUAGGCGUCACCGAUAACUUCUUCGACCUCGGCGGCCACUCCCUCAUGGCCACGAAGCUGGCAGCCCGCAUCAGCCGCCGUCUGGACGCCCGCGUCUCCGUCAAGGAUGUCUUUGAUCAGCCCGUUCUCGCCGAUCUCGCAGCCAUUAUUGUCAGCGGAUCCGCGCUCCACGACGCGAUUAUCUUGACACCCUAUUCCGGGCCCGUGGAGCAGUCGUUCGCGCAAGGACGCCUCUGGUUCCUGGACAAGCUCAACAUCGGCGGCGCCUCGUACAUGAUGCCCCUCGCCGUACGCAUGCGAGGGCCGCUCAACAUCGACGCCCUGACGACGGCGCUCCGCACCGUCGAACAACGACACGAGACGCUCCGCACAACCUUUGAAGAUUACGAGGGCGUAGGCAUGCAGAUUGUCAACGACACUUCCUCCGGUCCCCUGAGAGUCAUCGACGUCUCGGGCGAGGCCACAGACAGUGGUCCCAUCCCCCUCCUGCAUCAGGAGCAGCACGUCCCCUUCAACCUGGCAUCCGAACCGGGUUGGAGAGUCUCUGUUUUCCGCCUCGGCCCGGAGGACCAUAUCCUCAGCAUCGUCAUGCACCACAUCAUUUCAGAUGGUUGGUCCGUCGAUAUCCUGCGCCGCGAGCUCGCCGCCUUUUACGCCGCGGCGCUGCGAGGCCACGAUCCCCUCGACGAGGUGGCCCCGCUCCCCAUCCAGUACCGCGACUUCGCCGUCUGGCAAAAGACGCAGGCCGCCGAGCACCAGAGACAACUGGAGUACUGGACCGAGCAGCUGGCCGACAGCUCCCCCGCGGAGCUCCUCUGCGAUAAACCGCGCCCUGCCGUACUGUCCGGCGAGGCCGGCGCCAUCCCCGUCAAGAUCGAGGGACCCCUAUACGACAGACUGCAAGACUACUGUCAAACGCGCCAAGUCACGCUCUUUGCCGUCCUUCUGUCUGCUUUCCGCGCCGCCCAUUACCGUCUGACGGGCGCCGAGGACGCCAUCAUCGGAACCCCCAUGGCCAACCGCAACCGGCCCGAACUCGAGGAGCUCAUCGGCUUCUUCGUCAACACGCAGUGCAUGAGGAUCGUCGUCGAAGACGAGUCCUUCGACGGCCUCGUCCAGCAAGUGAGGGCCACGGCCGCGGCAGCCUUUGAGAACCAAGACGUCCCCUUCGAGAGGGUCGUCUCGGCCCUCCUCCCGGGCUCGAGAGACACGUCGAGGAACCCGCUGGCCCAGCUCAUGUUCGCCGUCCAUUCCCAACAGGACCUGGGCCGCAUCAAACUCGAAGGCCUUGCCAGCGAACCCCUCCCGACGACCGUCACCACCCGCUUCGACCUCGAGUUCCAUCUCUUCCAGGAGGAAGGGUUCCUUGGAGGCAACGUGGUGUAUGCCGCCGACCUCUUUGACCCGGCCACCGUCCGCGGCGUGGUCGACGUCUUCGAGGAGGUCCUCCAGCGCGGUCUCGCCCAGCCCGACAUCUCCAUCGCCAACCUGCCCCUCACAAACGGACUGUCGGCCCUGCGAUCCAUGGGCCUCCUCGACGUCAAGAGGCCCGACUACCCCCGCGAUUCCAGCAUCGUCGACGUCUUCCUUCAGCAGGUCGUCGCCCAUCCCGAGCGUAUCGCCGUCAAGGACGCCUCCACGUCUCUCACAUACAGCCAACUCGAUGAGAAGUCGGACCGCCUCGCCGCCUGGCUCCGCAAGAAGCACAUGUCGACUGAGACCAUCGUCGGCGUGCUCGCCCCGCGCUCCUGUCAGACGACCGUCGCCUUCAUGGCCGUCCUGAAGUCUAGCCUCGCAUAUCUCCCGCUCGACGUUAACGUGCCGGCCGCCCGGCUCGAGUCCAUCCUCUCGGCCGUGCCAGAACUUACACUGGUCCUCCUCGGCGCCGACGUCGCGACGCCCAACGUCCGUCUCCCGGCCAUCAACUUUGUUCCCAUCUCCGAGGCCCUCGCCGCGUUCCGCCACGCCUCGUCGGAGGCCCCCGCGAGGGUCUCCCUCCCGUCCCCGACAAACCUCGCGUACGUCAUCUUCACCUCGGGCUCGACCGGCAAACCCAAGGGCGUCAUGGUCGAGCAUCGCGGCAUCGUCCGCCUCGUCAAGAAGAGCAACAUCGUCCGCGAACUGCCGGACGCGACGACCAUCUCCCACGUGUCCAACGUCGCGUUCGACGCCUCGGCCUGGGAAAUGUACACCGCCUUGCUCAACGGCGCGACGCUUGUCUGCAUCGACUACUUCACUACCCUCGACAGCAGGGCUCUCGAGGCCGUUUUCGCGCGUGAAAACAUCCGCGUGGCCAUGCUCUCGCCCGCACUGCUCAAGCAGUGCAUCACUAAUAUCCCCGACACGCUGGCCGCCCUCGAGAUCCUUUACGUCGGCGGCGACCGCCUGAACCCGUCGGACGCGAGGGAUGCCCAGGCCCUCGUAAGGACGGGAGUCUACAAUGCCUACGGUCCCACGGAGAAUAGCGUGGCCAGUACCAUCUACAAGGUCCAACCGGGCGACGCCUUCGAGCACGGCGUGCCCAUCGGUCAGGCCGUGAGUAGCUCGGGGGCGUACAUCAUGGACUCCCGUCAACAGCUUGUUUCCAUCGGCGUCAUGGGCGAGUUGGUCGUCACUGGCGAUGGACUCGCUCGCGGGUACACCGACCCGUCCCUCGAUGUUAACCGCUUCCUGCACGUCACCAUCGAGGGCCAGCUCGUGCGGGCCUACCGGACGGGUGACCGGGCCCGCUACAGGCCGUCGGACGGGCAGAUCGAGUUCUUUGGGCGCAUCGACCAGCAGACCAAGAUCCGCGGCCACCGUAUCGAGCCCGCCGAGGUGGAGCUCGCGAUGCUCCGGCACCCCGUCGUCCGGGACGCGGCCGUCGUCAUCCGCGGCAACGGCCCGGAGCAGGAGAUGGUCGGCUUCGUCACCGUCGGCGCCGACGAGUCGGUCCAGGACGAGGCCAGCAAGCAGGUCGAGGGCUGGGGCACGCACUUCGAGAUCGGCACGUACGCGGAUCUCGAGGCCAACAUCGACCGCUCCGUCAUCGGCAACGACUUCCUGGGCUGGACCUCCAUGUACGACGGCACGCUGAUCGAGACGGCCGAGAUGCAGGAGUGGCUCGACGAGGGCAUGGUCGCCAUGCUCGACGGACAGCCGGCCGGCCGCGUGCUCGAAAUCGGAACGGGUACCGGCAUGAUCCUCUUCAACCUGGGCCCGGGGCUCGAGUCCUACAUCGGCCUCGAGCCGUCCACCUCAGCCGCCACCUUUGUGAACGACAGCAUCAAGACCGUCCCGUCGCUCGCGGGGAAGGCCGAGGUCCUCGUCGGCACCGCGACAGACGUGGGCCAGCUACGACAAGUCACGCAGUCCCGUACGGACAUGGUGGUCACCAACUCGGUUGCCCAGUACUUCCCAUCGGCCGACUACCUCCUCGACGUGAUCCGGACCCUCGUCCGGCUGCCGGGCGUCAAGCGUCUCUUCUUCGGCGACAUGCGCACCUACGCCAUCAACAAGUGCUUCCUGGCCGGUCGCGCCCUGCAGUCUCUGAGCGAGACCUCCUCCGUCAGCAAGGACGGCGUGCGCCAGAAGAUCACGGAGCUCGAGGAGAACGAGGAGGAGCUGCUGGUCGACCCGGCCUUCUUCACGGCCCUUCUCGACAAGCUGCCGGAGCACGUCUGGCACGUCGAAAUCCUUCCCAAGAGGAUGAAGGCCACCAACGAGCUCAGCAGGUACCGGUACGCCGCCGUUAUUCACGUCCGAGGCGAGGAGAAGCCUACGCAGACCGUUCACGAGGUUGAACCGGAAUCUUGGAUCGAUUUCCAGGCAUCGUCUAUGGACCGUAACCGUCUCUUGUCUCUCCUGAAGGCAUCCUCUACCUCUACCUCUAACAACACCACCACCACUGUCGCCAUUGGAAACGUCCCCUACAGCAAAACCAUGUUCGAGCGACUCCUCGUUGGAUCCCUGGACGAAGACGACGAGUCCCAGCACAGCGUCGACGGUCCGGCCUGGGUCUCCAAGGUCACCGCCGCCGCCGACCAGAUCACGGCCCUAUCGGCCCUGGACCUCGCCCAGAUCGCCGAGGAGGCCGGCUUCCGCGUCGAGCUCAGCUGGGCCCGCCAGCGAUCCCAGAACGGCGGCAUCGACGCCGUCUUCCAUCGGUUCUCCUCCGACAACGACUCGCGCGUCCUCGUCCGGUUCCCCACCGAACACCAGGGCCGCCCGGCCAACCUCCUCACGAAUCGCCCGCUCCAGCGGCUCCAGAGCCGCAAGGUCGAGGCCCAGAUCCGCGAGCAGCUGCAGACGCUCCUCCCGCCCUACAUGAUCCCGGUCCAGAUCAUCGCCCUCGACCAGAUGCCCGUCAACGCCAACGGAAAGAUCGACCGCCGCGAGCUGACGCGCAAGGCCCAGGCCGCCCCCGUCAGCAAGCCGCCGUCGGAGCGUGUGCAGCCGACCAACGAGGUCGAGGCCGCGUUGUGCGACGAGUUCGCCAACGUCCUCGGCGUGGAGGCCGGCAUCACCGACAACUUCUUCGACCUCGGAGGCCAGUCCCUCAUGGCGGCCAAGCUCGCCGCCCGCAUUAGCCGCCGUCUCGACGUACACGUGUCUGUCAAGGACAUCUUCGACCACUCGACGCCCGUCGACCUCGCCAACAAGAUCCUCGACACCAUGCUCCAAGGCGGAGCCGGCCACGGCCGCCCGUCCCGCCUGGUCGACACCGAGCCCUUCCAGCUCCUCCCGCAGGAAGACGCCAAGGCCUUCGUCGAGAGGGAGCUCUCCCCGCAGCUAGACCCUUCAUACGGCACGAUUCAGGAUUCGUACCCGGCCUUGUGGACGCAGAAGAUCUUCAUCCAGUACGGCCCCACGGGCGAGCCGCGUGUCCCGAGCCCCUUCAUCGUCGACUUUCCCUCCGGCUCCGACCCCGGCCGAGUCUCGGAGACCGCCGCCGCCCUCAUCAAGAACUUCGACAUCCUCCGCACCGUCUUCCUCUCGGCAUCCGGGAAGCUCUACCAGGUCGUCCUCGACCACUUACAUGUGCCCACCGAGAUCGUCCACGUCGACGACGGGGACUUGACGCGGGCGACCCGCGCCCUAGUCGGCGCCGACGCCCGCGAUCCGCUCCGUCUCGGACACUCCAUGCUGCGCAUCUCCAUCCUCACGGCCAACAAGACGCAAGAGAACGGCGGCGGCGGCGGUAAGGCUUCUUCCACCGCCGUGCGCAUGGUCCUCCGCAUGAACCACGCCAUCUACGAUGGCCUCAGCUUCGAGCACGUCAUGCGCGCCCUGCAUAUUCUCUACGUCGGCGAGCGCCUGCCCACGCCGCCCCCCUUCGCCCGCUUCGUCCAGUACAUGAUGAGCACGCGCGAGGAGGGCUACCAGUUCUGGCGGUCCCUCCUGCAGGGGUCCUACAUGACCAUCAUGAACGGCGUGAAAGAAGGCAGACACAGGGACGAGAAACUCCCCAGCGGCACGUUGGUGUCCGAGAAGAUCAUCAAGGCGCUGCACCAGACCAACGCAGAGGGCAUCACCCCUGCCACCGUCUUCACCGCCGCCUGCGCCCUCGUAUUCGGCGAUAUCAUGGGCACGAGGGACGUUGUCUUUGGCCGCGUCGUCUCCGGCCGGCAAUGCCUCCCACUCAGCAGUCAGCACAUAGUCGGCCCCUGCUCCAACGCCGUACCCGUCCGCGUCUCCCUCGACGACGACGACGACGACGCCGGCGCCGCUGCCGCCGCUUCCCACGGGUCGCGGAACCUCCUCCGCCGAGUUCAGCAGCAGUACCUUGACAGCAUGCCUUUCGAGACACUUGGCCUCGACGACAUCCGCGACAACUGCACCGACUGGCCCGCCACCGUCGACAACUUCAGCUGCUACACAGCCUACCAGAACUUUGACAUGAACCCGCACAGCGGCGGUGACGACGCUGACCAGCGCAUCCAGCUCGGCCAUCUCGACCGCGAGGAGGACCAGCGCGGCCCCAGCGCCGUCGACCCGUCCCUCGACAGGGUGACGGUCUGGGACGUCUCCAUGCACGACUUCGACAUCGCCGCCUUCCCCGAACCCGACGGCGUCCACCUGCGCCUCGCCGUCGGCGUCAACCGCCGCCUCUGCGACGAGAACGAGGUCAAACGCAUUAUGCUCAACCUCUGCGACAGGCUCCAGUACCUGGAUUCCGUCCUGCAAGAGCCGCUGCCGGUGGGUUCCAACAACGGCAAGGCAAAGGCCGCGCCCAUCGGCGGCGGUGACCAGCUCGCCUCCAGCGGGGCGAAGAAGAACGGGUCCAACGGCGAGAAGCACACUGUCAACCGUCACGCCAAUAUCGCCUCCGAUGGACCCAGCAAGAACGGAUCCGACGGGGACGUUAAGAAGACAUCCAACGGCGAGACCAAGCUCACCUCAUUAUCAUGA